AUGACCAAUGGUAUAGUAGGCAUCAUGGCACAGAUGUUUUUCGCCUACUCCCAAGCUGGCACAUUGAAUGUCGCUGAGCUAUACAUGCCUCACCCUGCCAAAAGGGCCUGGCUGGCUAGUCUGUUGGGGCAGCUCUUGGGGCCUCUGCUCGCCACAGCUAUCGUUGACAAGAAAUGGAAAAAGGCUGGUGCAAUUUUUUUGAUUAUUUUACUUCCCUGGCUCAGCGCCUCGUUGGAUCCUAAAGUGAAAAAGAAAUACUAUAACCCGCUUAUGGCACACAUAGCCAAAGUAAAGGAGGAUAUGCAGGAAAAAGGUUCGA